GUUUGUCGUUCGUUUUUGUGCUGCAAUCCUCGAUUCGGUUAGCCACGUUCGAAGUGGUGUUUAGUAUUUGGGGUCUGGACUACAAAAGGAUUGAUUAAAGUGGAGAGACACGCAAGGACAACUUAAAACUCAAAUGCUGAAGAUAUUUCUGCUGAGCGCUGCGCUUGGCUUAGCUUACGCCGGCAGUUUUGGACCCGGUCCAUACUAUGGGGGCCCAGCUGGACCCCUACAAACCUAUGCGGGCUACGGUCCACAUCACGGGCCACAGCCAUAUGUGGCGCCUGCUCCCGCACCCAAGCCAGUUGCGCCUGAACCGUAUGAUCCUGAUCCCAAGUACUCCUUCGGCUACGACAUCCAGGACGGAUACACCGGUGACCUGAAGAGCCAACAUGAAACGCGCCACGGUGAUGUGGUCAAGGGCAGCUAUUCAGUGGUGGAUCCAGAUGGCACCAAGCGCACAGUGGACUACACAGCCGAUCCCCAUCACGGCUUCAAUGCAGUUGUACGCAAAGAGCCGCUCUCUUACAAGCCAUUGGCUGCACCAGGACCUGCUCCACAUGCGCUGCUCGCAGGUCCGGCGCCAGCACCUGCAUUGCCGGCAGUGCCCAAGGCCCCGCUCCCGCUGCUCUCCUAUCCCUACGCCUUGAGCCACUUACAUCGUACAGCACCAGCACCGGCUCCAGCACCGGCACCAGCACCAGCUCCUGCUCCUGGUCCCGUAGUUUCCACCGCACAUUUCCAUGCUGCCUAUCCAGCACUUGCCCAUAGUCCCUAUGCCCAAUAUCCCGCUGCUCUUCCCGCAUCUGCUGCCGACCCUCACCACGCCUACUAUCAUCAUUGAGAUCCGCAGGCAUUUGGCAACUAGAAGGCAAUCUAUUUCUAGCUUUCUCUGAUCUUUGAUUAGUUCUGACUUUACUAACACCACCUCCUAUAUGUGUUUAUCUGUUUCUCCGAUUUCAUUCUGCUUUCUAAACGGUCCACUCUAUUCCUUGUUGUGUUCGUCAUUGGAUGUUGGUAAUACAUGCUUAUAUAUAAUAUUAAAUAUAUACGCGGCCUUAUCUCACAAGUUUUGCUUAAUAUAAGCUCAAAUACUUUAAAAAUGUAUGUGUUGUUAUAUUUCAAGUAUAAACUUAAAUU